CUUGUCCUCGUGAUUCGGACAGUUUCGGCGCAGGAAAUACUGGACACCACGAACCUGCACUUUUCUGGCUCUUGCACGCGCAGCUCGUGGUUCCAGGUGGUCGUGGACCCGGUCCGGGGAGGCAUGAGGAGCCUGCCACAGAAGGCUCGGCUUCUCAGCAGAGUUAUUCCGCGCACUCUCCGGCGCUUGCGGUGCCGUUUUGACGCCUUCUCCUCUCCGUCCUCACACCUUGUUUCCAGGCUCGAGGGAAGUAUUAAACCCCGCCUGACGCGUCUCCUCAGCCCUUCAUGAACAACGACCGGUGGUGUUCUUCUUUCUUCUUCCUUUCCUUCCCUCUGAAAUCUCUGAAUGGGUGCUCAAGCAACAAGCGGCCGCGGCUGUGUGCAGCGGCAGCAGCUCUGCGCACACUUCAGAGGGAUAACGCUGUGGUGAAUCCGUCGCUGAGAAUGAACUCGGGUGUUGGAUUCGUAAAACUAUCCUAAAAAGUGCCUUGCGCCUCGCAGUGCUUCUACAUUUUUCCAGUCGGAGUCUGUGGCGGAGCCGCUGUGAUUUAACUCUUCGUGGGCAGGAACCCGGAUCACACCAUGGGCAGACACUCUAACAACCUCCCCCCGAUAAAACCGGGUUUUACAUUCCGGGUGUUGUGGAUGGUUCAAGCUUUCCUGGACCUGGCCGGCUCCCAAGAGAUUUACGCGCCGCACUCGAUCCGGGUGGAAGGCGACGUGACGCUGGGGGGGCUCUUCCCCGUCCACGCCAGGGGGGUCCCGGGGAUGCCGUGCGGGGACAUCAAAAAGGAAAACGGCAUCCACCGGCUGGAGGCGAUGAUGUACGCCCUAGACCAGAUUAACGGCGACGACGAGCUGUUGCCCAACGUCACCCUGGGCGCCCGGAUCCUGGACACCUGCUCCCGGGACACGUACGCGCUGGAGCAGUCGCUGACGUUCGUCCAAGCGCUCAUCCAGAAGGACACGUCGGACGUGAGGUGCACCAAUGGGGAGCCGCCGGUGUUUGUCAAGCCCGAGAAAGUUGUCGGGGUCAUAGGAGCGUCGGCCAGCUCGGUGUCCAUCAUGGUGGCCAACAUACUGCGCCUCUUUCAGAUCCACUCUGCAAGGGAUUCCUCCACAACAAAGUCCCCUCCCCUUUUUGCAUGCCAGGCAGUGUGGGCUUGGAACACCCUGACAGUCAUGUGUGGUGAGACUGUGGGUCCGGCUCAAGUAGCCACAGUGGGCGAGGUGGCAGGUUUCACACUAGAAGUACAUUAGCUCUCUGCUACCUGGACUCCAUCAGUGGUUGGAGCUGUGGUCUUCUUGCUUUGCUUUCUUUGCGAGACCCGUGCCUAUACUGAACAGAGGAAAGAGGAACCAUUAUCAGUUCUGAAUGAGUUUCCUCUGACAGAUAUCUGCACGUUCCUGUUGCUGUGAGAUUGACCUGCUCGGGAAAUGUUCCCGUAGUGCUGUGAGGUCAGUGAGAAUCUGUGCAGUGUUUCGGUCGGAGGUUUGUGGCCUGUUGAUGCUGCUGGAACAGGAUUAACAGGUUGAUUUUUAAAAGGCUGG